AUGCACGUCGAGGUUGCGCCGCUGUAUUUUCUGUUGUAUCAUUUGAUCAGCUCUCAUUCCGUGAAAGCGAUGGAGAACACAUCACUGACCACAAUUUCCUCAACAACGGAGCUCGCCCAUAUUCGCGCUAAACGCCAAUUCAUGGGAGGUUUUGGCGGCGGCUGUGGUUGUAUGACUAUGGCUGUCUGCCCUUGUGCGGUGCCAAUUGCAAUCCCACCCCCGAUUCCACCACCUAUCGAACCGAUCUGGGGACAUAAGAUGGCAACUGCAUCUUGGGAUGUGGGCUCUGCAAAGGCCCGGAUACGACGCUACCCACUUAUAAUUGUUGCUAUCAUCGUCCUGGUCGUCCUUGUGGCCGUCGGAAUUACGCUUGCGAUCAUUUUCGGUACAAGAAAACAUGACAACCACCCGAAAAAGGACGCUACCCUGCCGGAUCAAACGAUCACGUUCAGCCUCUACAUGAAAGAUUGGCAAACACCAGCCCCCCGGAGAAAAAGAGACGCUUCUUUCGGCGACUGCUUCAAGAUGAUGCAAGAUGUCAACCAGGGCUUUUUGGAUGAAAUUCCAAAAGACCGUAACGCCAUUAUUUCUCUUAUUGACGAAGACGGCUCCUCCACGCUCACACCCAGCGCCUUUUCAUCUAUGAUGAAGCAAACGCCAUCGGUCGCGGACACAAAACCUAGCCAAACCGCAAGGUGGAAAGAAAUGGCAGACCAGUCAAAACUACCAAACCUAAUCUAUUUCACACCAUGCAGCGGGAACGACGUCGACGACCUCAAAAAGGCGCUAGAUAAUUAUGCUGAUAAAGUCCAUGCAAAUGCUCCCGGUAAG